CAUAUCGUGUUAUCAGCGUCGUGACGUUGUUGAUCCCCACGUCGAGUCACCGUCAAAGGAAGCGUGCUUCACAUCACCACGAAAAGUCUGUCAGAUCGUGCGAGAUGAAAUCUCGUUGCUGGACGUUACUUUGCUUAAUAUUUUUGAGCGACCUGGUGCGUCUGUCGCGAACGGAUACUUUGGGGGAUUCUAACCAGGUACAGCAAGAUAUAUUGUACCAUGGCGAAUCUAGUGAACCUUCGGGUUAUCUACAGGAAGUGGGGCCCCAGGAUAAUUCCGAAGGAUUACUUCAGGCUCCUAUGAAUGUCAGCUUGGUGACGAGGAAGAAUAAACAACUGUGUCCUCAGGGAGCGGCGAAUGUCGGAAUUCCUAAGAGAAACGGAAGACGAAGUAUCAGGGAAGAGGAUAAUUCGUUUGUAAAUUCUGAGCUGAAUCAUAAAGUUCGAAAAUGCUCGUGCAGUAAAAUAAGAACAAGAAAACGAAUGGAAAUGUUAACUAGGACAAAAUUAGACUCUAAUGUGUCUAACAGUAAGGAAGCUUCUUUUGUGGUUAACGGUCGUACUCAAACAUCGUCUGAAUCGAUUAUUUCUAUCGCGCCUGUUACGACUACGACGCAACGACCAUUAGAAUCGACCAAGGCAAACUUUUACGAGACAUCGACUACGUCUGCGAGUAUGACGACGCUUUUGAAUAAAAUUAUGGAAGACGCUUCGACGGAUAUUGAUAUAAAGUAUACCAGUACAGUGUCGCCUAAUGUGGAUUUCAAUGACGUCGGACGCUCGGAGGAAAAUUUAUCGCUAAAUUCAAAUUUUACAAACUCCACGACUGACGUUGCGGAGCCUUUGUGGAUUAACGACAGCUUUGUUACGACUUCGACAGAAAAAUCUACGGACUUGCUGCCUACUAUUUCCGAGAGUGUUACGGAAAGGCGAUCAAUGUCAGGGACUACGCCAUUGGAAGGAAGACGCAACAAUAAUCAAAAUGAAAACUUGAUUAAGAAUUUACCACGAAGGAAGAAAUGCAAGAGGAAGCGCAAGAAGCCAAAGGCAAUGUUGCUAUUGAAAGGAAAGACGACAGCGGUUGAUAGUGGUCACAAUCAUACGAUUCAGUCAAAUCUUGUGCCAAUUUCACCAGAAGCAACUCCUGUGACGCAUAAAUCGAGCUCUGGGCUAAUUUCAAAUCAAGCCAUUCCUACGUGGCGUAAACAGAGUCCUGCGCCAACUUCAGUUCACACAACGCCCGUGACGCAGCAGCCUGGAAUAAAUGACCAGCAAACUCAAGAGACUUGGUCGAAUUUUAUGCUAACAACACGUAAACCAAAGCGCGUGUCGCAGAAUGGUUGGAACUAUAACAAUUAUCCAGAUUACUCUAAAUUUGAUUAUUGAUGUUUCAGAAAAUUAAAGUGUGGAGCAGUCAAGCCGCAUGACAAAAAAUUGAAGAAUUUCGGUCCUUCGUGGAAACUGAAAAAAGAUGAAAAAUAAAGUAUAAAGCCACGUGCGUUAAAUCGGUAUCUUACGCACGUAUGAAUAAUAACAAAGCGACUGGAUGCAAUAAACGAGAAAUAUUGAAAGUUAAUUCGUACGGUUUUCUAACAGUGUCCUGAGGCCUCCUUAGGCUUCGCCCACUGGUAAUAAUUUACGUCUGCAAUUCGAUUCGACGUGCUGAUUAAACUGCCGUAUUGCUAUUGAUAA